AUUCAGGGGAGGGUCCAGAUCCUCCGGGGUCAUACUGAAAUCGCAAUUCUUCAAACGACAGCAUCGCAUGUCAGUGCUCGACUGAAAGUAUCAAACAUUAACUCACCUCAAGGUAUUUUGUUUAUUUACGCACUGGUGUAAAAAAAAAAAAAUUUAAAAAUCGGUGCAUUUUCUAUAUCAAAGUUUAGACCCCUCCCUUUUAAAAAUUCCUGGAUCCGCGCCUGACGGCAACCAAAUCAUUUUGCGCGAUUGUAGACUUGCAUUGGCACCUGCUAUCUCACCGGAAAUACAUCAAAGAUUAAUUAUUUUGUAGGCUCCACAUAUUGAUUCACAUUAUGUACGUUCACAUUCGUACAAGAAGCUUCAAAUACCACAGGCAACCAGCGGUGGUUGCUCCUAUGGCGUUCUUUGAAUUGUCUGUUCAAGCCUCUAAUGUAUUUACGCCAUCCACAUUUCCUUAUUUGCUAAUCCACACGAGUUCCUAUUCUGUUUGUAAACUUGUGUCCAGGAGGGCGGAUCGAGAAGAUCACUCUAAGCAGAGGGCAUCCCAAGACGACUUCUGACAUGUACUCUCGUUGGUUUUGCAGGUUUAUCGUCCAAAACAUUUCCAGAAUUUUGUCCCACAGCAGAACUUAUUGUAGUCUUAGACCACGCCUAACAUGCCAUCUUUUUUUCAUUUCAAGCGAGGAUAUUAUUAGGGAACGUCUACAGUUAUGCUUUUUAAUGUGUGACAAUUAAAUUCUGGACUGGAUUACAGACUGCUGGUUGGUAAAUUUCGCCGGAGCGCGCGCAUUUGUUUACAUUCACUCUGGAAGCGCGUGCCGUUUACAAAACGUCCUGAAUAUUUCCGUUAUUAAAACUACUUUCAAGUUACCCCCCUUAAGUCUUAAUCUACUAAAUGUACAUCACGUUUAUCUUUCCUAGUGAGGUUGAUUGUAACUGUGGUCCCCUUGAAGACCAAUGCGAGAGUUCUCUGUUGUUACGUUUGAACGAAAUUAACGGUAUCAAAUACGUUAAGUUCCGAACGCGCGCUUGGAUGCGCAGAAGUUGACGAGUGCUAGGAAAUUGAAUCAUGGGUGACGCACGAAAACAUUGUUCCUUUAACUGGCAAGUUCAUCGUUUAAAACAAGCAGCUGUUUCGUUUAAGGAUGACUGAUGCACUAAGGAAAGGUUUGUGAAGCUAAACGGACAAGAUCUGAAGGUGUUUUUAGUGUGCAAACUUUUAACCAUUUUUCUCGAUUAAUGUUUUUCAGUUUCCUCAGUUGGACAUUAGUUCUCAUAUUUUGUCAUCUGACGAAAGCCUUGCCUUGUACACGUUUACUCUGUUUAAAAAGACUUUCAGGCGCUCAGAAUCGCGGAGAAACCAAGCCACCAUCCGCAAAGGAGAAGAAACGAAAGAAAUCGAAACGGAGCAGGAAAAACAGUGUUGACCGGUUAAACUGGGAAAUGAGAGCUCGCUGUGAUAUCAAACUCAUGUGGCAGAUCUCGAUUGGCGAAGGACAAGACAUAUCCCUGGAUGAAGUAGACUAUUUCUACGAAAACGAUUGGACUCCUACAGAAGACGAUUUUAGACUUUUCGGUAAACAAAACAAUGGAUGUGGACAUGAUUUUCCAAGUUUCAAUUAUAGCCCGAAACCCUGGAGACAAAAAUGUGGAAAAGAUAAUUGUUUUUUCGAAGAUGGCUCAAUACUUUACUUGUAGCAAAAAAAUACAUCCUUCGUAUUUUCUACUAAACCUUUGCGUAGUUACUUAAUGUUUCUUAAACUGUAGCGAAGUAAUUACAGUACUGUCUAAAUGAUACGGAACAAGAACUGAACUGGUACUACAAUUUUUGGAGGGUAUAAAAUUUUCCACGCAAAGUGGAAUCGUCUAGUUAGUCUCUUAGUUUAAAAAGAAAAUGAGUAGAUCACUUGGUUACCCAAAAAGUGACGUAUUUAAUACUAGAUUAUUUUUGGAGUGAAUAAA